AAAUAGCAAAAACAGCAUAGCAGAGCAGGAGGGAUUGGGGUUGUGUUGUUGAUAUUGUGUUGAUUUCUUCAUUCAAGUUCAAACUUGAAUUUGGAUUCAUUUGAUUUAAUCAAUGAGAUCAAAAUCGGGAUUUGAUUGCAGUUGCAGUUCUCUAUCUUUAGUGCUUAUUACUAACUAUUAUUAAGGUUUCUUUCUUUUGUUGAAAUGGUCUAUAGUAAUUAUAGUUCUGCCAAUGAAUCUCAUUGUUUAAUCCUGAUUAUACCUUUCCCGAAAUGCAAUUAGCGUCAAAUGGUGACAAGGAAGAAUGUUCAGAAAGCGAACCCAUCUUGAAUCAUCACCAUCUUCAUUUGCAACCAACCGGAGAAUCCUCCUUUUCCUGUGAAAUUAUCCCUAUUCCUCCUGCUGCAGCUACUUUUAACGAUGAUGAUUUACAAAACGUCCGGGUUGAUGAGACUUGUCAUCUCGUAAAUGCAGAUCAGCCACAAUGCCGAAUAUGCCUCGAUAUUGGAGGAGAAGAUUUAAUUGCCCCAUGCCAUUGCAAAGGUACACAAAAGUACGUCCACAGAUCAUGUCUCGAUAAUUGGAGAUCCACCAAGGAGGGUUUCGCUUUUUCUCACUGUACAGAGUGCAGAGCUGUCUUCAUAUUACGUGCAAAUGUCCCACCAGAUCGGUGGUGGUUGAGAUUAAAAUUUCAGUUCCUUGUUGCUAGAGAUCAUGCAUUCAUUUUCAUAAUUGUUCAGCUGGUUGUUGCUUUCUUGGGAGUGCUUGUGUACAAAUUUUAUGGAGAUGAACUGAGGGAAAUGUUUGGUUAUGAAGAACAUCCAUAUGGAUUUUAUACAAUGGCUGGUAUAUACCCAUGGCUUCCCCGCAAAAAAUUUCAUGGGCAAUUUCUAGCCAUUGUUUUGGUUGGUUUGCUCUAUGGCUUCUUCAUAGCGAUAAUAUGUGGCCAAAGAAUCAAUGAGCGCCACUACCAUGUUCUUGCCAAACAAGAAUUGACUAAGGAAUAUGUGGUAGAAGAUCGAGAACAUGUAAAGAAUGUGCCUGAACUUGAUCCCAGCCAUGUGACAGAGCUAAGGAUGUUGGGCCUUUACUAAUUGGAUACAUCCUCUUCUGAGUCACAUUGAAUUUGUUGUACUUGCGGCUUGUCUCCAUUGUCACUUUCACAUUUGUAGAUCAGAUUGGUUUGUUCAGAGUGAUGCCCCAUUUAUAUGGCACAGCCACGUGGGUGUUGUUUAGUAGCAUGGAGAUAUUUGUAUUUGUAACUUAGUCCCUGGUGUAACCCACAGUUAACCUUUAUACAAAAUAUUGUAAUCGAAUGUGGAUUUUGUCUUUUCAAGUUUUUAAGUCUAGAGGAAAUUACAAUGGCAUCUUCUGAGUUUUUUUUUAUUUUUAAUUACACAACACAUCUUAUAUGUUAUACCAACAUCCUCUAAUACUUGAAAACAUUAUGUUGAUGUUUUUUAUAUAUAUUAUAUGAACACCUUCUACA